CUUUUAAAAGAUUUCUAGCAUGAAGGAAAGGUGAACCAAAUCAGCUGUCCUGCUUCCACAAGAAUAAAUGGUUGUGAUUUCAAUCCCUGCUGGGAUCUCGAAAGAAGUGGUAACAACGGCAUUCGCAUCAUGCGUUGACACCAAAUCAACUAUAAUGCUGGAAUUCCAAGGUGUCGUCGAAAUGGAUGGCCAUACUUGGGCAGGCAACGCUCUUGGGCAGCUUUCUAUACUUGAUGGUGGCCUCAAAGCACAACUUGUUAUCGGUAACCAUCGACUUGAUGGGAAAGUAUUAAAACUGGACAAGCCUUUACUUUUAAUUCAAAAGAAGAACAACCUGGCAAUGAAUACAGACGUUGCUAUGAAGGAUGGCAAUCUUACGACUGACAUUCACAAAUAUAAGAUUGAAAAUGUAAAUGACCUCGAUCAGCAUAAUCAGUCCUCUAUACGUCCACUUUCGCCACCAAAACUUGAUGAGGAUGAUACGAUGACUUCGACUGGGUGGGGAGAUGAUGUGGAGACAAGCAGUACACCCACGAAGCCGAUGGCUGCAGGUACUCCAGAAGUAAUAGAGUAUGAUACUGUGGCCAUCAUUCGACAAAAGAUUCUUUUUAAUACCAUGCCAACUCCAAUCAUCCACACUGAUCGACGUGGACUCACCGUAAUCAAGCGCGGUGUAUGAGGUGAAGGAGUAUUUCUUAAUUGCUCAAGAUAGACUCCAUUUUUUCUUUUGUACUUCCUCCAUAUUUCUGUACUAUUGUUUUGUUGCUUAUAGUUUAUUAAAUACAUACAAAGCCACUGG